UGCUUCAUAAAACACAGGUUUAGCUUCAACUGACGGCUAAGCAUCACUGAGGAUGUGAAAGCUUUAGAGAUGGUGCAGAAAAAGGUUCCAUUGAUGAGGCAUUUCAAUUACACAGAUAGACUGGGGAAGCUAGCAAUGUCCUUACAGAAAGUCGAGUGAAUAUUCGAUAAUUGAGGGGUCGAGGGGAGAUAUACAAAAAACGAUAUGAGGGAGGGAAAAUGAAUGGGAAAAGUCUGGAAUAUUAUUGCAGCGAGGCUGCAUGCACUUGAUGGGCUGAACGUCCCUCUGUUGUGCUCAAACUGCGGCCCAACAUGUGAACAUGGACAAGUGUCAAUCUCUCAGGGACAACAACCCAAGCUGCAGUGUCACGGGGAAGGCUAAGGCAUGAGCUGUCGAUCACCCACGGCUGGAUGGCGGUGAGCGGCGUUCGGAGCUCGACUGUCGGCGUCCGUGUUUGGUAACCAGGAGACGGCGGAGGGAGGCCGCCGCCUGGGAUCGGGAUCGAGCCUGGGCCCCCAACUGGGAUGGCGGAGCAGGAUUCAGCUACUCUGGCUGCAAUAAACUAUUAUUGCCAAAAGAGAUAUUUUAAUCACAUCCAGAUCGCAGCAGACGAGGGACUCAAAAAAUAUGGCAAUGAUGCGGUGUUCUUGUUUUUUCAUGCUUAUGGUGUUCUUAUGGAAGACCGAAUUCAAGAAGCUAUCCGUGAGCUCGAGACUGUUAAAGAAAAGCCGGAUGUGUCUCUCUGCUCUAUAAUGGCUCUAAUCUAUGCUCAUAAGAAGAGUUUAGCUCCAGAUCGUGAUGCCAUUCAUGAGCUUGAUAGCAAACUAAAAGAAGACCGGAAAACUGCAGGACAGGCAGCAUUGUAUUUUGCGGGCCUCUUCCUUUGGCAUAUUGGGCGUCAUGAUAAAGCUCGUGAAUACGUUGAUAGAAUGAUUAAGCUUUCUAAUGGAGCAAAAAAGGGCUUGAUUUUGAAAGGAUGGAUUGAGUUAACCAGUGGGAGAGACGCAUACGCUAAAAAGGCCAUCAAAUAUUUUGAUGAAGGAAUCCAAGAUGGAAAUGAUGUAUUUGCUAUGAUGGGCAAGGCACAAUAUCUUGAGAUGCGUCAGAACUACUCUGGAGCUUUGGAAAUGGUAAACCAGAUGAUAGUUCAUUUUCCUGGCUUCCUGCCGGCUUUUGUAAAGAAGGUAGAACUCCAGCUAGCCCUGCAGGAUUGGGACCAGACAAUUGAGACCGUACACAGACUCUUACAGAAGGAUAGUCAUAAUUUUGAAGGUCUAGGGAUGCUGGCCCUUCAUUCUUUAUGCAGAGAGGGAAAUAUUAAGGAGGCUGGCUCUAGACUUGGUGAUCUAAUCAGUAUAUUGGACCGUUUUGAACCACAUAAUCCUGAUCUUUUUUAUAAAAUGGCAUUGGCCUUCAGUAGGAUGUGUGGACGGAACCAGAUUGUCCUUCAGCAAACCUAUACCUUGGUUGAAAGAGCAUUCAACAUAUCAUCACGUAAUGCAGACAUUGCAAAUGAACUUGGCUAUCAGAUGGUGUUACAAGGAAAAAUAAAAGAAGCUGUGAGAUGGUACAAAACUGCGAUGUCGCUGGAUGAAUCAAGUGUUCCUGCGUUAACUGGUAUUAUAAGAUGCCAACUAAUUGAGGGACAACUAGAAGAUGCAGAACAACAGUUGGAGUUUCUUAAUGAAAUUCAGCAAUCUAUUGGAAAAUCUGCGGAACUGUCAUUCCUACGUGCAGUUUUGGCUGUGAAGAAACAAAAGGGGCAGGAUGAAGUCAUUCAUUUCCUAAAUGAUGCUAUUAACAUUCAUUUCUCUACAUUGCAAGGCCUGCCUCUGGGAGUUCACUACUACGAAAAGUUAAAUCCUGACUUUCUAUUGGAAAUUAUUCGUGAAUAUCUUGUCUUCUGUCCCACACAGCCUGGAGCUCCUAGUCAGCCGCUAUCUCCAUUACUGAAACAUUGUGCUUCAGUGCUGGACACAGUUGUGAAAACAAUACCGGGACUAUUAGAAGCUGCCUUUCUAAUGGCCAAAGUUAAAUACUUAGCAGGUGAUGUUGACGCUGCCCAGUGCAACCUACAGCAUUGCUUAGAACAGAAUCCUUCAUAUGCUGAUGCGCACCUCCUGAUGGCUCAAGUUUACCUGUCUCAAGAAAAUUUUAAACUCUGCUCCCAUUCUCUGGAACUAUGUUUGAGUUAUAAUUUUGAGAUUCGUGAGCAUCCCCUGUAUCACUUGAUUAGAGCUCAAACUCAGAAGAAAAUGGGUGAUAUUCAGGAAGCCAUUAAAACCUUGAAGAUUGCUGCAGGCUUGCCUGCAAUGAGGAAAACAGGAAGUACAUCCAAAUCAAAAGGCAAAAAAAUUGAAUUUAGUGCAACUGAUCGUGUUUCUGUUUUUCUGGAGCUAGCAGAGGCUCACCGCAUGAAUGGAGAACAGCACGAAGCUGCCAAAGUGAUGCAAGAUGCCAUCAAUGAAUUUUCGGGCACCUCUGAAGAGUUACGUGUUACAAUUGCUAAUGCAGACCUUGCUGUUGUACGUGGGGAUAUAGAGCUGGCUCUUGGUAUGCUGCGGAAUGUUACACCUGAGCAACCUUAUUUUAUUCAAGCAAAAGAGAAGAUGGCUGCCAUAUACUUAAACCAGAGGAAAGAUAAACAGUUAUAUGCAAGCUGCUACAGAGACUUGGUUGACAAACUUGCUGGACCCCACACCUAUCUUUUGUUAGGUGAUGCCUACAUGAAUAUUCAAGAGCCUGAAAAAGCCAUUGAUGUAUAUGAACAAGCUCUAAAGAAAAAUCCAAGGGAUGGAACUUUGGCUAGCAAGAUUGGAACAGCACUUGUUAAAACACAUAAUUACAAUAAGGCAAUUAAUUAUUAUGAAGCAGCUUUGAAGACUGGCCAACAGAAUUUCCUUCGUUAUGACUUAGCUGAACUCUUGCUUAAGCUGCAACAGUAUGAGAAGGCAGAAAAAAUCCUGCUGCAGUCAUUAGAACAUGAUUAUGUAAGUGAUCUUCAAGCUUUGAUGGAAGAUGCACGAUAUUUAAUGCUUCUGGCAAAAAUAUAUAGUAAGAAAGAGAAGAUAGAUGAUGCCAUCCUUGCAUUGCAGAGGGCAAGAGAGGUCCAGGCUCAGGUGUUAAAACGAGUUCAAAUAGAACAGGCUGAUACAGUUCCACACCAGAAACAACUUGCAGCAGAGAUCUGUGCUGAAAUAGCAAAGCAUGCUGCAGACCAGCGAGACUAUGAAAAGGCAAUUAAGUUCUACAAGGAGGCACUUGUCUAUUUUGAGAAUAACCAUAAGGUAAUGCUAGAACUUGCGCAGCUUUACCUUGCUCAAGAUGAUAUUGAUGCCUGUCAGCAUCAGUGUGCAAUUCUUCUGAAAAGCGACCAACAUAAUGAUGCAGCUACCAUGAUGAUGGCAGAUCUGAUGUUCAGAAAGCAGGAUUAUGACCAAGCUGUGUUCCACUUCCAACAACUUUUGGAACGCAAACCAGAUAAUUUUAUGACAUUAGCACGUUUGAUCGAUUUGUUGAGGAGAGCUGGAAAACUGGAAGAAGUUCCCAGAUUCCUCGAUAUGGCUGAAAAGCAUACUUCAAGGCCAACUUCUGAGCCUGGCUUUAAUUAUUGCAAAGGAUUGCAUCUCUGGUACACUGGAGAACCAAAUGAUGCACUCCGACACUUCAAUAAGGCACGCAAGGACAGUGACUGGGGACAAAAUGCGAUUUAUAACAUGAUAGAGAUCUGCAUGAAUCCAGACAAUGAUACCAUUGGAGGUGAAGUCUUUGAGAACCUGGAUGGAGAUAUGCGAAACUCAACUGAAAAGCAGGAGUCAGAACAGUUGGCUGUGAUGACAGCAGAAAAACUAUUGAAGGAACUCAAACCUCAGACUAUUCAAGGCCAUGUCCAGUUGCGCAUAAUGGAGAGCUGCUGCCUCAUGGCAACAAAGCAUAAAGCAAACGUGGAACGAGCUCUCAAUGUCUUCACUGAAAUAGCAACGGCUGAGAAGGACCACAUUCCCGCGCUCUUUGGAAUGGCCACAGCAUAUAUGAUUUUAAAGCAGACGCCUCGUGCAAGGAAUCAGCUAAAACGUAUUGCAAAAUUAAACUGGAAUGCCACUGAUGCUGAGGAAUUCGAAAAGAGUUGGUUACUUCUAGCUGAUGUUUACAUUCAGUCUGGAAAAUUUGAUAUGGCAGUUGAACUUCUAAGACGCUGUCUACGGCACAAUAAGUCCUGUUGCAAGGCUUAUGAAUACAUGGGAUACAUUAUGGAAAAAGAACAAUCUUAUAAGGAUGCAGCUACUAAUUAUGAGAUGGCUUGGAAGUACUGUAACCAGACAAAUCCAACAAUAGGGUACAAGUUGGCUUUUAACUAUUUGAAGGCAAAACGAUACGUUGAUGCUAUUGACAUUUGUCAUAAGUGCUGCAUAAAGCAGAACAAAAAUCUAUGGAUGCCGAAGAUCUGAAAUAAAGACAAAUUGCUGGAGAAACUGAGAAGGUCUAGCAGCAUCUGUGGUAUUAGCUGCCCAUCCCAAUUACCCAAAAAUGAGGAAAGAUAUUCUUGACAAAGCUCGAGCAGCUCUCCGUUCGUAAUUGGGCCAUUUGAUGUUAGCUUUGCUUUCAAAUAUUUCUGAAGUAUAUGUAUAUUGUUUGACAUGCCAAUCUUGCAUUAUGUACAGUUGCUUCUAAUGUAUAAUUAUCUAGAUGUAUUACUUUUGUAUGCUUUAUGACCCAUGGUAGUUUAUAUACAAAGUUCCACAAUAGUGUUUUGCUGUUCUUACAACAAUGUUAUUUUCUUUUUAAAUUACGAGUAUCUGUGAAAAUAAAUUUGCAUACGUAUAAUUCUCUGUAAUUUUCUACCACAACAUCUCCAACACGCCAACGAUGUAAAGCACAAUCAUUUGUUUUAGAUGAUUCCCUGAAGGAGUUGAUCUUUCAAACUUCAGAAUUUUCAAACCACUUGAUAGAUAUUUUAAGUACAAAUUAAUUUGAGAUGUCUUUGAUGUCAGUGUUUAAGGUCUUGAGCUUAUGGGAAGAGUCUGUCUGUUCUGAUUGACUUAAACUAAAAAGUGACCUGCACGUAGUAAAUCACUGUAUCUAUAAAGACGUUUUGAAGAAAGAAAUAAAACUAGAUUUAGAUGUUAUAUAUUUCUAUGAACUUGCAAAUGCAUGCAACCUGAAAUUAGUGGCUGUGCAUAGUUUAAAUCAUUACGUGUUUCACUUCUUCAGAACUAGUAAGUUUUUAUUAAGCUUUCACUUUUCUGUCUUAAUUUGUUUGCAUUCUGCUUUUUGGUACCUUUUGUAUUUCUGAAUUAAUUUACAAAUAUUGAUAUUGAGUGGAGUAAAGAGAUGUUCUGUAAUUAGUGCUUUCUACUUAUGGUUGUAUUGUUAAAACCAAGAAUUUUUUUGCAAUCUGAUUAUUUCAAAGUAAAUAUCAAUAAAUAGGCAAUGUUUUUUAUAUUGA